AUGUACAGGUUCAGAGGGCCAGGUGCUUCAUCAGGCAUUCUUCUUGGCGCAACUACUUUGCCAUGUGUCAUGCUUGCACGGUUAAUCCAGCUUUCGAGGAUUUUACCAACAGAUCCCAAUGGAGCACAAGAAUUUGCAUACCUCGAAAUGCAGUAUUGGGCAGUAUCCAUCAGCUGCGCCAGUGUGCUGGCUUUCUUCCUUUGGCAUCUACGUCAGUCUGCCAACAAUGAGAUUUCUAAAGCUUUGAAAUAUGGUUCAUUGAUGGUAGUUUUAUACCUCGUGACAUUCUUGCUGUUCUUCCUACUGAAGACUGAUGGAGGUCUGUUAGCGAUGACCAAAAAUGGGUAUCUACUCUGCCAUGGUGUGGCUGCUGUGAUCUUGAUCAAGCACAUUCUAGAGAAGUUCCCUUCAUGUUCAUCUUUUGGGGAAGGACUUCUGGUAUCAAGUGGUCUCGUUGUUUACUUUGGUGAUAUUCUGGCUCGUACUCUUUCAAAGAUGGAGGUGUCUGCAUCAUCAGGAGCAUUCAUACACACACCUGGAACUCAAAGCGAGAUAGCCACCGUCAUUCAGGGGGUUUUGCUUGGUCUUUUUCUACUUCCCUUGCUGUACAAAAGUUCUCUUCAAGUUUGGGUUUACUGUCGAACAUUGGGCAAGCAACGAACACAAGCAAUUGAGAAACGAGCAGAAAAAAGAGCAGGUUCUGCUGUAUUUUAUAUCUCGUUGUUAGUGGUGUUAUUGUUCUUGGUGCCGUCAUGGACGCGGCUUGUUCAAGGUCUUGAAGUCCAUCCGUUUGUUUGGGUUCUUAACUACAUGUUCACCAAUUCAGAUGAACGGCUUCUUUUAUGUGCAUACUGGAUAUUUGUCAUAUGUGUAUCAAUUAGAAGGUUCUACAGUAUAUCAAAGCAAAGCAAAACAGAGAGAAUUCUUUUGCGCAAGUAUUAUCAUCUUGUUGCUGUCCUGAUUUUCUCUCCUGCCGUUAUAUUUCAGCCUGCUUUCUUGGACUUGGCAUUUGGUGCAGCAUUUGCUCUUUUCUUAAUACUGGAGAUGAUUCGUGUUUGGGAAGUAUACCCUCUUGGGCAUACCAUACAUCAAUUCAUGAACGCUUUCACUGACCACCGUGAUUCUGAGAUUCUAAUUAUUAGUCAUUUCUCACUCUUACUGGGCUGCGCACUUCCUAAAUGGAUGUCAUCUGGAUUCAAUGACCGACCCCUAGCCCCUUUUGCUGGAAUUCUCAGCUUAGGGAUAGGUGAUACAAUGGCAUCAAUGAUAGGGUACAAGUACGGUGUCCUAAGAUGGAGCAAGACAGGAAAGAAAACAAUUGAAGGCACGGCAGCAGGCAUAACCUCUGUACUGGCAGCCUGCUCAAUUCUGGUGACACUGUUAGCUUCAAGCGGAUACAUUCUUUCACAGCACUGGUUGUCACUUUCGGUUGCUGUGACGUUGAGCUUAUUACUGGAAGCAUAUACGACACAGCUGGAUAACGCUUUCAUACCCCUUGUGUUCUAUAGCCUUCUAUGUCUGUAA